UCUGCUUCGUAUUUAGAUAUCCAAUCCACAAUUUCUGCUAUCAUUCUUCUCAAUAUCGUCCCUAAGGGAGCAUGAGCAUGAGCAUGUUCAGCAGCUACUAUAUGCUCUUCUCUACAUUAGUGACCUUUCUUCUAUUCUUUAUAUCCCCCUUCGUUUAUGCUGUACAACCGACUGCGCCCAAGCCCAUCGAGGCUCCAUUGCGUGACCUGAAAUGGGGCCAGCUCAAUUUCCUUCACACCACAGAUACUCAUGGCUGGUUAGCUGGUCAUUUACAAGAGUAUGGCGCUGAAGUCUUCUUCGGAGCCAUUCCCAGGCCUUACUGAUUUCCAAUCCCUUAUAGACCGUCGUACUCCGCUGACUGGGGUGACUAUAUCUCCUUCGCUACCCGCAUGCGCGAGAAGGCAGAGUCUAUGGGUGUCGAUCUACUAGUCAUUGAUACCGGCGAUAGAGUGGAAGGAAACGGACUUUACGACUCUUCAGACCCCAAAGGCAUCUACAUCUCGAAAAUUCUGCGAGAGCAGCAUAUCGACCUGAUGUCAUCGGGCAAUCAUGAGCUGUACAAGGAAUCCACAGCAUCAGCUGAGUUCUUUACCACUGCACUCAAUUUCGCCGGACACUAUCUUGCAUCAAACAUAGACUUCUAUGACCCACGGACAAACUCUUUCAGGCCAUUGGCACCUCGCUUUACGAAGAUCGUCACCAAGCAAUUGGGCAUCCGCAUCGUGGCCUUUGGAUUUCUCUUCGACUUCAAAGGAAAUGCUAACAACACUGUCGUGCGGCCUGUGAGGGAGACAAUAAAGGAGGCAUGGUUUCAGGAAGCUAUCAGGGACCAUGAGGUGGACCUCUUCUUGGUGAUCGGUCAUGCCCCUGUACAUUCGGAGGAGUAUUGGGACAUAUGGCGAGAAAUCAGAUCUCUUCGCUGGAGUACACCCAUCCAAUUCUUUGGCGGCCAUUACCACAUCCGUGACUACGCAAAGUAUGAUCGAAUGUCCUACGGCUUGGCCAGCGGUCGCUUCAUGGAAACGAUCGGUUUUAUGUCCAUUAGUGGCCUCCCGACCCACCGUCAGCCCGGACUGUCCGCCUUAGCGUCCUCCCUGUGGCCAUGGGACCGUUUCCAUUUCAAUCGGAAAUAUAUCGAUAAUAACUUAUUGUCAUUCUAUCAUCAUACUGGCCUGAAUGAGACCACGUUCCCCACGGAACAUGGACAGAACGUUUCCCAACUCAUUGAGGAAUCCCGGAGCGCUCUUCAGCUGGAUGAAGUGUACGGGUGUGCUCCUCGCGAUUUGUUCAUGUUUCAAGCGAAAUAUCCAGGUGAGGGUAAUAUUUAUACCUGGCUGGAGACUGAAGUGCUACCCGUAUCCGUGAGAGACGAAUCUCGUGCUGGGACGCCAGCCGUUGUUAUAGUCAACACCGGUGCCAUCCGCUUUGACAUCUUUAAGGGUUCUUUUACGAAGGAUAAUACAUAUAUCGUCUCCCCAUUCACAAGCGGCUUUCGUUAUGUGAAAGAUAUCCCUUACUCCCGAGCCUACCGUCUCGCCGAUGUGCUAAACCGGGGACCGGGAAUCUUGACUGAGGGCGACCAAUUAGACAAUUUGACUUGGCAGCUUGCUCCCCCUGAGCAAUCAGCAUAUACCCGUGGUGUAUUUGGCAGCAGUGGUAGCCAAUCAAGCGCUGGCUUCCUUACCAACCAAGUCCCAUUCCUGAGUAGUGGAGAUGCUGAGCCUGACCUAAUUCCCGGAUACACUACCCAUGAUGAUGGAGGCAAAGAUGGCGAUGACACCAUUCACUCGCCGAUCGACUUCUUCCAGGUGCCGAAUGUUAUCAGGGGAACACCUCGUUGGGGUGCAUCUGAACCCCCGGAAAUAGUAGACCUGGUCUAUAUUGAUUUCAUCGAGUCUAACGUGGCUGCAGUGGCCCCAUACGCUGGUAUUGAUGCAGAUUUUUCUCGCGACAGCGACGUCUAUAUGCCAAAUACAACAUUGACCGGCUUGAUAGAGGACUGGAUAAAAGGAAACUGGCCCUGCGAGCAGGCAUGA